GCCGGCCUGGGGCAUCGCAGAGCCAGACUCCACGCUCGCUUCCGGGAGCGCCGUCAGUGGGGAGGCCGAGAGGUGUGCUUUGGAAAGGACGCUCGUCUUGGCAGCUCUGGGGGGUGUACGUGGCAGAGACUGGGGGGCACUUGGUCCAGGGGUGAACGGACCGCGGGCUGGGGAGGGUGAAGGGAUGGGACCUGGUGCUCUUGAGUGACAGCUCAGAACCACACGGGCUGCCUGUGACUAAGGAUCCUGUUUGGUUCUGGAAGGAUCCAGGCCACCAAGGUUGUGAGCCCCACAUGCUACCCUGUACGCUGGGCACCCUCCCAGCCCUGACCUCUACCCACAGAGGCUGCCCGUGUGCUCCAGGGUGUGAUUGGGGCCCCAGGCUGGUCAGUGUGGCAGGAAGUGUGACCCAGCCAUCUCCUGUCAGCAUGCACCCAAGUCCUGGUCCGUUGGCCCAUCUUCCAGGAAGUCUGUGGCAUCCUGAUCGUGAUGUGGGCUCACCUACUGCAGAGGCCUGUGAGGUCAUCCUUCCAGCUGUUCCCAAGUCGGGGGUGCCUCGGUGCCUUGAACACCCGUGGCAAGGACAGGGCCCUGCAGAUGUGGUUACCCCUCCCACCAUCCACAGCCAGCUCAGAGACUGAGCCUGCACUAGAACCACAUGGUCCCCACCAGGGUAGCCUGUGAUGAACUUCAGCAAGUAAGACAGUCUGCUGGGGGUCUUCUGGGAAGGGGUUUGAUCUCUGAAAAUGACAGGCAAGCAAGGAGAGCUUGGCACCCUACCUCUUCCAACCUUAAAUACAUUUAGGUGAGGAUGUGAUGUGUGGAGCUACAGCAGCCAUCUUGCAACCAGGAAUCAAACUUUAAAAUGAAGAGCCAGUGUCCUGGGGAUAGGGAAGCAGAGGCUGGGCCCAGGAAGUGAUGAAACUGCUCACCACCCCCAGGCCUGCUGCCCACCCAGUGCUCAGUCAUGCUGCUCCGUCUAAUGGGGGUGAGAAGACAGCCAGGGCCCUCACAUCUAGACACCUACUGUAAAGGCUCAACUGACCACUCAGGCCUUGUGCUGCUCAUGGAUUGCUGAUGGGUUGUGCUCUUUCCCAUCAGGUCACACGCCACCUCAGGUCUUCAGCAUGGGCACCAAAGGGUGGGCACAAAAGCCCCUCCUUUCCCCAAGUUAAAGAAAACUGGACAACCCUGGAACCCAGACCCUGUGACCCAGCUCUGGGCCAGGUCUUCCUGAGAUCUCUCCUUGGUGAGGGGAGGGGGCAGGGGGGCUGGCUGUACUCCCCGUGGCUGCCGUCGGGGGACCCCCAUAAAGGCGGGCCUCCUCGGCAUGGCUGUGGCUAGACAGGGCUGCCCCUUGGCUCUGCAGGCAGCAGCUCGUCGGGCUCCAGCUCCCACGAGCUCCCUUACAUGCUGAGCCUUUGUGUGCUGCGGGCCUGCUGCGGGCCUGACCCUGUUCUGGUGCUGGGGACCCAGCACUGAGACAGUUCCUGCCCUCACAGCCUCAUGAGUGGUCAGCACAUGGUCUCAUGUGGUAUGUCCUCUGAGGGGGUGGCCGUCCCCCCCACCGCCUGUCUGGCCAGUCCUCACUUGCUUUCUUCCGGGGGCACUAGAGGUCAAGCGGGUAGGACUGGCCGCAGGGUUAGCUGUGGUUUCACGUGGACGUUUCCCAGGCCUGUGACCAAUCGCAGCUCAGCUGUACCUGCUGUCCCCCUCCCUCGGGGUGAGAACCAGACAGGGAGUCUCGAGGCCUCCCCAGGAAGAGGGCUGUGGUCUCAUGGCAAAGGCCCCCCAGUUCUCCUGGCCUUUGAAGUCUCAGGCUGGGGGCGCUGGGUCUGGGGAGGCACGGCAGUCUCAAAGGCCUCAUUGAUGGAGCCGUGAUGACACGUAAGCUAGAGGCAGGACACUGCUCGCCCGGCGGCCAGGGAGUCCUGGGACUCACGGGGCAGAGACGCCGGGGUUCAGGGCAGCGGUGCCAGCACCGCCCCCACCGUGGCUCUGCCUCGUGGUCCUGCCCUGGGACCCUUUGUUCCCUUUGGGGUUCUCCACCAGGAGGUGGGGCGCCCUGGUUCCUGCGGAGCCCAGGCAAGGCCCUUCCUUCCACCCUCCUCUACGUGGCGGGUGGGGGCUCGUGCAUGGCCAGAAACAGGCAAACAGGUCCACCAGGGUGUAAAACGGUUUGGCAGAAUCUACCAGAGCUGAAGGUGUGCCUCUGACCAUGCGGUCCCACCCGUGUGUGUCACCCAGCAGCAGUGUCUGUGACGGACGGGGGCCACCCAAACGCCCACGCGGCCUGCGCGUUAACGACCGCUGCGUGCGGCCGCGAGGGUGUCUCAGUGCUGAGUGAGGAAGGGUCCGGAGUCCACACGUAUCAGGUUCCAAAACAGGCAAAGGUAACCGAUGGUCGGGGCCAGGAGGACACCCCGGAGGGUCUGGUGCAGUCAGUGUUUGAUUGACUGACUGAGUGGGUGCUGCUUUCCCGGCUGUAUUUGGAUGAGGUGUGCACCAACCUGCAUGUUUAUGAUUCGUGUACUCUCAUGGACGACGCGCUUCAAUAAAUAGCACCAGCGGAGGCAAAGGGGGAAAGGGCUGUGUGAGUCGUCAAGGGCAGGGAAGGGAGCUGACGCUGGUGAGCAGGUGCGCCCUACCCCGUCUGAUGGGGGGCACAGGACGGACCCAAACGGGAACAUCACAGCCCAGCGCCUUCAGAGCACCAGACCCUCGGCCCGCCUGACUUCCCCAACCCGUGAGGGGCCGGCCCCGCGGUCCACACCCACCCCGCCCUCAGAGGAGGCUUUGUCGUCAGCACCGGGCCCUCUUCAGUGACAGAGUGCUGGCUCGGCUGGCGGUCCUUGGGGCAGGGCCGCCUUCAGUCAGCGUUUAACGUGGGGCAGGCGGGGUGCGUGUGCGUGUGUGUGUGUGUGUGUGUGUAAGUCUCAGAGGCAGGUCCGGAGCGGAACUCCCGCGCCCGCGACACCUGGAGGGGAGGUGGGCUGGCGCGGCUGGCCGGACUGCCUGCAGUAGUCUGAGCGCCAAGCAGCCGGGACAGGCCCGGGUGCCCGCUGCGCCAUCUAGCGGCCGCCCUCACGCUGCAGCCGGGCACACGCCCGUCACGGUGCCGCCCUCAGGAGGAGGGGCUCUGCGGAUGACUUUAAAGAUGCUGAGGAAGGCAGGAGGUCUCGUAGGACCGGAGGUAGCAAGAGGCCUAGAAAUGUCCGGAUCUGGGCGACCGCACCUCCAGGGAAGAGGGGAGGUGCACUGAGGACCAGGAGAGAGACACUGAGCCCACAGGGCCGGCAACUGGGAGCUUGGGGUCCUGGCUGGGAAGUGACUGGACUCUGGUGGAGAGGCCUGGGGCCGCGCCUGGGCCGACAUUUGUCCAGCCCCGGAGGACGGAGUGUGAGGGGCCUCCCGGUGGAGCCAUGAGUUGAGCGGGACCCUGAGAGCAAGGACCUCUUCCUGCUCCCUGGCAGGACGAUGCCAGUGCUCGGCCCCCAGAGGCAGCUGCUGGGUCCCCUCAACUCCACGUCUCCAGCCACCCCCCGCCUCGGGCUGGCCACCAACCAGACGGGGCCCCAGUGCCUGGAGGUGUCCGUUCCCGAAGGGCUGUUCCUCAGCCUGGGGCUGGUGAGUCUCGUGGAGAACGUGCUGGUGGUGGCCGCCAUCCUCAAGAACCGCAACCUGCACUCGCCCAUGUACUCCUUCAUCUGCUGCCUGGCCGCGUCCGACCUGCUUGUGAGUGUCAGCAACGUGCUGGAGACGGCCGUCAUGCUGCUGCUGGAGGCCGGCGCCAUGGCCCCUCGGGCUGCCGUGGUGCAGCAGCUGGACGACGUCAUUGAUGUGCUCAUCUGCAGCUCCAUGGUGUCCAGCCUCUGCUUCCUGGGCGCCAUCGCCGUGGACCGCUACAUCUCCAUCUUCUACGCCCUGCGGUACCACAGCCUCGUGACGCUGCCCAGGGCGUGGCGGGCCAUCGCGGCCAUCUGGGUGGCCAGCGUCCUCGCCAGCACCCUCUUCAUCGCCUACUACAACCACGCGGCAGUCCUGCUGUGUCUCGUAAGCUUCUUCGUAGCCAUGCUGGCGCUCAUGGCGGUGCUGUACGUCCACAUGCUGGCCCGGGCCUGCCAGCACGCCCGGGGCAUCGCCCGGCUCCACAAGAGGCAGCACUCCACCCAGCAGGGCUUCGGCCUCAAGGGCGCGGCCACCCUCACCAUCCUGCUGGGCACCUUCUUCCUCUUCUGGGGCCCCUUCUUCCUCCACCUCUCGCUCAUCGUCCUCUGCCCUCAACACCCCACCUGUGGCUGCGUCUUCAAGAACUUCAACCUCUUCCUCACCCUCAUCAUCUGCAACGCCAUCGUGGACCCUCUCAUCUACGCCUUCCGCAGCCAGGAGCUCCGGAAGACGCUCCAAGAGGUGCUGCAGGGCUCCUGCUGUCGGCAGUGCUGCUCCGAGGACUUCGUGACCAGCAAGGAGGAAGGCGUGGAGCAAGUCCCGCAGCCCCUCGUCCGUAUCCCUGCCUCAUCCAGCGGCAGGGCGGCCCGGAGGCUGGGGUCUGCUCUCUUCCAAGUGCUGCCCUUCUGGGAGGAGGGUCAGGGCUCCACCAGCCCUGGGGAGUGUGAGGCAAAGCUGCCCAGAAUGGGACCCCUGGGGCGGCGGGAGGAGGCGCUGCAGCGCGCGGUGGAGCGGGGAUGCGCGGUGCUGAUGCUGCAGCCCUGCCGCAUUCUGCGGCGGCGUCCCCGGAUUGAGCGGGCGGCGGGGGCGGCAGAUCCUCCGCAGCCAGCCCCGGCCCCAGCGCGUCCGCCUGCGUCCCGCAGCCGCCCGCCACACGCACCGAGCAUGAGGGAGAUCGUGCACAUCCAGGCCGGCCAGUGCGGCAACCAGAUCGGGGCCAAGUUCUGGGAGGUCAUCAGCGACGAGCACGGGAUAGACCCCAGUGGCAAUUAUGUAGGGGAUUCGGACCUGCAGCUGGAGCGCAUCAGCGUCUACUACAACCGAGCUUCUUCUCACAAGUAUGUGCCUCGGGCCAUCCUGGUGGACCUGGAGCCGGGAACCAUGGACAGCGUCCGGUCUGGGGCCUUCGGGCACCUCUUCAGGCCUGACAACUUCAUCUUCGGUCAGAGCGGGGCCGGCAACAACUGGGCCAAGGGCCACUACACGGAGGGUGCCGAGCUGGUGGACUCGGUCCUGGACGUGGUCCGGAAGGAGUGUGAGAACUGCGACUGCCUGCAGGGCUUCCAGCUGACCCACUCGCUGGGGGGCGGCACGGGCUCGGGCAUGGGCACGCUGCUCAUCAGCAAGGUCCGCGAGGAGUACCCCGACCGCAUCAUGAACACCUUCAGCGUGGUGCCCUCGCCCAAGGUGUCGGACACGGUGGUGGAGCCCUACAACGCCACGCUGUCCAUCCACCAGCUGGUGGAGAACACGGACGAGACGUACUGCAUCGACAACGAGGCGCUGUACGACAUCUGCUUCCGCACCCUCAAGCUGGCCACGCCCACCUACGGGGACCUCAACCACCUGGUGUCGGCCACCAUGAGCGGGGUCACCACCUCCCUGCGCUUCCCCGGCCAGCUCAACGCCGACCUGCGCAAGCUGGCCGUGAACAUGGUGCCCUUCCCGCGCCUGCACUUCUUCAUGCCCGGCUUCGCCCCGCUCACCGCCCGCGGCAGCCAGCAGUACCGCGCGCUGACGGUGCCCGAGCUCACGCAGCAGAUGUUUGAUGCCAAGAACAUGAUGGCCGCCUGCGACCCCCGCCACGGCUACCUGACCGUGGCCACCGUCUUCCGGGGCCGCAUGUCCAUGAAGGAGGUGGACGAGCAGAUGCUGGCCAUCCAGAGCAAGAACAGCAGCUACUUCGUGGAGUGGAUCCCCAACAACGUGAAGGUGGCCGUGUGCGACAUCCCGCCCCGCGGGCUCAAGAUGUCCUCCACCUUCAUUGGCAACAGCACGGCCAUCCAGGAGCUGUUCAAACGCAUCUCGGAGCAGUUCACGGCCAUGUUCCGCCGCAAGGCCUUCCUGCACUGGUACACGGGCGAGGGCAUGGACGAGAUGGAGUUCACCGAGGCCGAGAGCAACAUGAACGACCUGGUGUCCGAGUACCAGCAGUACCAGGACGCCACGGCCGAGGAGGAGGGGGAGAUAUAUGAAGAUGAUGAGGAGGAAUCCGAGGCCCAGGGCCCCAAGUGAAGCAGCUGAAGGGGUGGGACGUGGCCGCGGCCGGGACCGAGAGGUCUGUCCCCUGAGCCAUGUAGCCCCUGACACACCCCUGCCCUUUCCCCCACCAGGCCCGGUCAUGUCACCCUAGGGCUCCCAGUGUGUGUCCUUUAGUAUUUACAGCAUCCCCGCCCUGUGUGAGUCUUCUCAGGUCUUCCGCCAUAGGUCAAAUCCAUUUUGUGUGGCCCGUUUGUCUCUCUGCUUUAUAUCAGCUCCAGGCCUGAUGUUUUAUGGUUUGUUUGUUUUUUUUACUGUUUGUGUUUAUAUUUUGGGGGGAUACUUAAUAAAUUUAUUGCU